AUGAGCACAUUGUCGAAGUGGGCGGAGGACGACGGCGCCGAUGAAGACGACAAUAUCCUGUGGGAUGAGUCUACAGAAGAGAAGCUCGCUGAAAAUCGAGGUGGCUUCCAUUUGCGCAAGCAGAAUAGCGGUGGUAGUCUUCGCACGAUUCCUCUCUGCAAAACGCCACCAACAACGGGUCCGCGGCUAAUCACAAUGAACCCACAGACAGUCACGUCCACCACAGGAUUGGCACCCCCCGCACCAUCUCUUGGACUCUUGAAGAAGAAGGAUACAAAGAAGGCGAGCAAGUUUGGUCUGGGUGAGCGUCCCCUCGGAUCACCUGUCUCGGGGUCCAAGUCUGCUGCACAGAACGGGAAAAUCAACAGCAGCAUGGGACCUAAACGGAGGGGCACAAAGACUAAAUCUGGGUCUACGGAUAUUGGGUUUGGAUCCGCAUGUAGCGGGGGCUCCAUGAACAACUCAGGAGUCGCAACACUGCCCGAGAGCCCCGAACAAGUUCGGCGCUUCCUCCUUUCUGAAGUCAAACAAAUGUCCAUCGAGCGUCUUGUUGCCGACGCCAAGCGGUACUUGUACUUGGAAGAGUUUCAUCGAAAACACACCGCCACAUCUCCACCGGCCCACCCAGUGCAGGCCACCCCCAUCACAGCAGCCACAGCAUCGCUUCCACUCAAGUGA